ACCUUCCCACCUUCUCCACCGAUAUUGUACUGCACUGUAUGAUACAGCACUGGACUGAACUGAACUGUAUACCCCUAGUCUUUCCACGAUAUCCAUGUCGCGGUGGGUAUAGUACGGAGAGAUCAAACCAAUGGUCAAUAUACCCGUCCAUCAACAAUUCCACCAACCCAGCCGCCAUCUCGGAAACACCACUAUCCACAGAGCAGACAGAGAGGAGAGAGCGAAUUCUCGUCAGUCCUGUUAUACAGGAAACCUACGCACUCGCAAAGAUUGUUCGAGUAAGCUAUAGAAUUAAAAUUUUUUUGAGUCCUUCUACUAGUACAGACAAAGGCUAACUGUUAUAGCUACUGCAGCCGUGUUUACGCAAUACCGGCGAGUGGGGCUGUUCUGUUCUGGCGACCACGAUACGAUGCGGAUACGAUAGCGGUGCAUACUACGGUAUGCACUGACGUGGAGACUUUGGCGUUGUGCGGUACCGGUAUCAUGCCAGUACUUCCAGUGUCUUGGCGUUCAUUUUGCGAAAGGUGGGUUGAGAUACAGGUACGGUACAGGUGUGAUACCGUAUCAUACUUAUUGUACGUACGGUGCUUGGGUACUUUGCCUGCCGGUUUCAAAAGUAUCCCGACUCCUUGGCGCCCAGAGGGGCAACUUGGCUGCCAAAGUGUCCGGAUGCUUUUGAAUCGGCAAGUACUGGCCUAAACACUCGAGCACGGAGUUGGCUGAUUGGGAGCCUGCUUGGGCGCGAGUGAGAGUGAUUACCGAUUUGCCAAGUUUUCUGAGCGCACCGAAUUGGCUUUUUGGGUGCAUGUGGGCUGAGCCGAGGGAAAUGUUCAGGUGAUUUAGGUGAGUGGUGCUGUAGCGUAGGACAAAGGCAACAGAGGGGGAGGAGGAGGGGGUGG